GUCUCAUUGGACCACCCUCUCUUUCUCCCUUACUCUCUUUGAUACCUUUUUUUUUUGGUUUGUUUUUUUUGUGUAAUCUUUGAUACCCUUUUUAAAAAUUAAUUUAUAAAAAAAACCAGCCCUCUAGCAAUUCAGAGUUUAGUCUCCACUCCCUACAAUAAUUUUCUCUUUCUCACUUGCACCAACGAAAAAGUCGUCGAUCGGAUCACGUAUUAGAUUGAUUGAUAUUGUAAAGAUGUCUCCAACUGAAUCAUCACGAGAGGAAAAUGUUUACAUGGCCAAGCUGGCUGAGCAGGCUGAACGCUAUGAGGAAAUGGUGGAGUUCAUGGAGAAAGUUGCAAAAACUGUUGAUGUUGAGGAGCUGACUGUUGAGGAACGGAACCUUCUCUCCGUGGCUUACAAAAAUGUGAUUGGGGCAAGGAGGGCGUCUUGGAGGAUCAUCUCUUCCAUUGAGCAGAAGGAAGAGAGCAGAGGAAAUGAGGACCAUGUUGCACAACUAAAGGAGUAUAGGGGUAAGAUUGAAGCUGAGCUCAGCAAGAUCUGUGAUGGGAUUUUGAGCCUUCUUGAAUCUCACCUCAUUCCUUUGGCCUCAUCUGCUGAGUCGAAGGUGUUCUACCUUAAGAUGAAGGGUGAUUAUCACAGGUAUCUUGCUGAGUUUAAGACUGGUGCUGAGAGGAAGGAAGCUGCCGAGAGCACUUUGUUGGCUUACAAGUCUGCUCAGGAUAUUGCUCUUGCUGAGCUUGCUCCUACUCACCCAAUUAGGCUGGGACUUGCUCUUAACUUCUCUGUUUUCUACUAUGAAAUCCUCAACUCACCUGAUCGUGCCUGCAAUCUUGCAAAACAGGCUUUUGAUGAGGCUAUUUCUGAGUUGGAUACUUUGGGUGAGGAAUCUUACAAAGAUAGUACAUUGAUCAUGCAACUUCUCCGGGACAACCUGACCCUUUGGACAUCUGACAUCACGGAUGAGGCUGGGGAUGAGAUCAAGGAAGCUUCAAAGCACGAGUCAGGCGAGGGACAGCAGUGAUAAGUUCAUAAAAAUUGUUCUCUGUACCUUAUAUUUGCAGGUUUACAGUACAUAGAUGCAAUGUGAGUUAUCGUAGUGGGUUUUGGUUUUGUUUUCAAUGCAUUCAUCAGCACUUGGAAUCGAAAUGAUCCUCUGAAAUUAUACGGGCUGUAUUAUUGAACGAGAAGAAUUCGGUUUGGGUUGGUUUGGUUUUCACGUGCUAGUACUAAAAUAGUGCGUUUGCCAGUCUCA